GAAGCUUCGUUCUGUAUACCAGGUUUAGAUCUAUAUGCGGCAUUUGUGAUUUCAACCUUUCUUUUUCGUCCCUUGGGGAUAUAUCAUGGCGAAAGGCGUAAUCAAAAUUGCAUUAUGCAUGUGGUCUUUCUCUUUUUCUCUUUCUCUUUCUCCUUUUCUCUCUUUCCCUCUUUCCCCCGUUCUCUCCUUCUUCUCUUUCUAUUCCGGACCAGACCUAUGUGCUGGAGGAACUGCCGAUAUCGACCCCUUGGACAUACGUUUCCUGCUUCUGGCCUGUGGCGUGCUCUUUUUUUUUUCCGUCUAAUCUUUGAUUGAUUGUUUGAUCAACACUGAGAGUCGAUCGGACG